AUGAACAACAUCAACGAGAAGCCGACUUCGGCAAUGGAAAUCGAAACCCACAAUGCUGAGUCGGGCUACGGUUACGACGAGAAGAGCGGCUUGGACAGAGCUGGUGCUAUCGAUGCCGAGAACAUCGAGCAUAACAUGACGGUUUUGCAGUCCAUCAAGGCUUAUCCUGCUGCGAGUUGGUGGGCCUUUGUCAUGUCAUCCACCAUUAUCAUGGAAUCUUACUGUGUCUUCCUGAUGGGACAAUUCAUCGCCACGCAGCAAUUUGCCAGGGACUUUGGCGUCCAGAGCGGUGUCAGUGGCGAAUACAUCAUCGAAGCCUCCUGGCAAUCGGCCUUUCAAUGUGCUGGCCCGGUUGGCGCUUUCAUUGGUUGCUUCCUCGCCGGUCCCAUCACCUCUGCAAUCGGCUACCGCUGGACGACCAUUGGCGCUCUUAUGGCCUUGAACGGCUUCAUCUUCGUCUUCUAUUUCGGCAACAGCCAGGGCAUGUUCCUCGCCUCUCAGAUCUUGGAAGGCAUCCCGUGGGGCAUUUUCAUCGCCAAUGCUCCUGCUUAUUGCGCCGAGAUCGUGCCAAUGAGACUGAGAGCGCCUGCGACCCAGAUGUUGCAGAUGUUCUGGGCAAUCGGUUCGAUCAUCGUUGGUGGUAUCACUUAUCACUUCCAGUCCAAGCAAGACGCCUCUGCUUACAGAGUUCCCAUCGCACUCCAGUGGAUGUUCCCAACUCCUCUCGCUAUUGGCCUGUUCCUGGCACCUGAAUCACCUUGGUGGCUCGUACGAAAGGGCAAGCUGGCUGAGGCAGAGAAGGCUAUUCAGCGUCUUGGCCGCAAGGGUGCAGGCGAUAACCCCAAGGAUCAAGUAUCCAUGAUGCGUCGUACCAUUGAUCUCGAGAAGACCGUGAAGAAGCCCAGUCUUGUUGAAUUAUGGAAGGGCACCGAUCGCUACCGCACGCUGAUCGUUUGCGGUGUGUAUGCGUCUCAAAACCUGACGGGUAACCUGAUUGCCAAUCAGGCUGUCUAUUUCUUCAAGCAGGCUGGUAUGGCAGACGAUACUGCCUUCGCACUCGGUCUUAUCACCUCUGCCCUCCAAUGGAUCAUGGUCAUGAUUUCCUGGGUCCUAACCACCUACUUGGGCCGCCGCACCAUCUACGUGUACGGCCAAGCCAUCGCCACUUGCUUCUUGGUCGCGCUUGGUAUCGCCGCCUCUGUCGGUCGCAGCACAGCAGCCUCCAACGCACAAGCCUCCCUUGGCCUUCUCGUCUCGGUCCUCUUCUGUCUAGGUCCCGCCCCUACCUCCUAUGCCAUCAUCGGUGAAACCUCUUCCGUACGCCUGAGACCAUUGACGACCGGUGUCGGACGUGCCGCAUACUACUUGGUCAACAUCCCUUGCAUCUUCCUUGCGAGUUACAUGCUCAACACCGACAAGUGGAAUCUUGGAGGCAAGAGUGGCUACAUCUGGGCUGGUACUGCGUUGAUCUGCACGGUCAUGAGUUGGAUCUGGAUCCCCGAGAUGAAGGACAGAUCUUUCCGUGAGAUUGACAUCUUGUUCACUCGCAAGGUCAAUCCUCGCAAGUGGCCUCAGACGGUUGUCGAUGUCCAGGAUGAUGAGUAG